AUGGCGGCGGCGGCCCGGCGGGGGACGAUGGGGGGCCCGCUGGUGGGGGCCAUCGACCAAGGGACCAGCUCCACGCGCUUCUUGGUUUUUAAUGCAAACACUGCUGAGCUGCUGAGUCACCAUCAAGUAGAAUUGAAGCAGACAUUCCCCAAGGAGGGGUGGGUGGAACAAGAUCCAAAGGAAAUUCUUCAAUCUGUCUAUGAAUGUGUGGAAAAAACAUGCGAGAAAUUGAAGCAGCUGAAUAUAGACAUUGACAACAUAAAAGCUGUUGGAGUUAGCAACCAGAGAGAGACAACUGUGGUUUGGGACAAAGUAACUGGAGAACCUUUGUAUAAUGCUAUUGUUUGGCUCGAUCUUAGGACCCAAUCUACAGUUGACAGGCUGCUUAAAAAAAUUCCAGGACACGAUAAAUCCUUUUUAAAGAGUAGGACGGGCCUCCCACUGAGCACAUACUUCAGUGCUGUGAAACUUCGCUGGCUUCUGGACAAUGUGAAAGAAGUUGGGCAAGCAGUGCAAAAGGGGCGAGCUCUGUUUGGUACUAUUGACUCAUGGCUGAUAUGGAGUCUGACAGGUGGGAAAGAUGGAGGUAUUCAUUGCACUGAUGUAACCAAUGCCAGUAGAACAAUGUUGUUCAAUAUUCAUUCAUUAAAAUGGGAUGCUGAACUCUGCAAGUUUUUUGAUAUCCCUAUAGAUAUACUUCCCAGUGUGCGGAGUUCAUCAGAAAUUUAUGGGCUGAUGAAAAUCUCCCCUAGCCUGACUUCUGGAGCCUUGACUGGUGUACCAAUUUCUGGGUGCUUAGGUGACCAGUCUGCUGCUUUAGUAGGACAAAUGUGCUUCAGGAACGGGCAGGCAAAAAAUACAUAUGGUACAGGCUGCUUCUUGCUCUGCAACACAGGUCAUAAGCCCGCAGUGUCUGAACAUGGCCUGCUGACCACAGUGGCUUACAAACUGGGAAGAGACAAACCUGUGUGCUAUGCAUUAGAAGGCUCUGUUGCCAUAGCAGGUGCUGUUGUUCGUUGGCUGAGGGACAACCUGGGCAUUGCAAAGUCCUCAAGUGAAAUUGAGAUGCUUGCUGCUGAAGUGGGAACUUCUUAUGGCUGCUACUUUGUCCCAGCAUUCUCAGGAUUAUAUGCACCAUACUGGGAACCCAGUGCAAGAGGAAUUAUCUGUGGCCUUACUCAGUUUACAAACAAAAAACACAUUGCCUAUGCUGCACUAGAGGCUGUUUGCUUUCAGACUCGAGAGAUAUUGGAUGCCAUGAACAAGGACUGUGGGAUACCACUAAGCCAGUUACAAGUUGAUGGAGGGAUGACGAACAAUAAGAUCCUUAUGCAGCUCCAAGCAGACAUUCUCUGUAUUCCAGUAGUAAAACCAUCCAUGCCUGAAACCACAGCACUGGGAGCAGCAAUGGCAGCAGGAGCUGCAGAAGGAGUGGGAGUCUGGAGUCUGAAUCCUGAUGACUUGACAGCAGUGACUUGUGAACGAUUUGAGCCUCAGAUCAAUCCUGAGGAAAGUGAAUGUCGCUAUGCCAGGUGGAAGAGAGCUGUUAAGAGAUCGAUGGGCUGGGAGACCUCAGAACCUCAUACUGAUGGUGAAUCUAGUAUCUUCUGUAGUCUACCUUUGGGCUUCUUUAUAAUGAGUAGCCUGUUAAUGUUAAUCGGAACAAAGUACAUCUCAGGAAGCUGUGCAACAGAGGAAGGAGCUCGCCCGUGCAUGCAGGGCGCCCGGAUCAACUCCCCACCGGGAGACUUCCGGGCCCCAGCAGCACAAUGGCAGCGACUCCUUUCCCCGCCGGGUAAAAGGCACUGCCUGGCUCCGGCGGGGAGAGGAGCAGCAGCGACGGGGGCACCUUCUCUCCCCCCUCCCAGCCAUUGUUUGAAGCUCACCUCUGAGCUGCCUGCUGCCUCGAUUUCCACCGUCAGAGGCAGAGCAGUGGUGGUGUCCCCUUCCGGCUCCCAUGCCACGCGCUUCCAGCCUCCAGCCAGCGAAAGGUUGCUGGGUGGAGGUUUGUGGCGGCUGGAAGUGCAGGGACCUGGCACCAGAAAAGGCCGCUGCCGCUUUGCCUCUGACGGCGGGAAUCGAGGCAGCAGGCUGAAGGCUGCUCAGAGGUGA